AUAUAUAUAUAUAUAUAUAUAUAUAUAUAUUAUAUAUAUAUAUAUAUAUAUAUAUGAAUAUAUAUGAACCUGUGAUGUAGCCAUACGCUCAAUAAAAUAAAUGUAAUCGGCUACUUUUGUUACAGGUAUAACGUUGUCAUCUGAUCCCAACCUCUGCAAGCGGUCCAGCGGAUCUAAGUGCGAACACAAAUGUGGUGGAGACAAAGAUCUUGUAUGUGGAACCGAUGGUCGAACGUAUAUUAACAGAUGUAUGCUUCACGUUGAAGUUUGCAGGUUAGGAAUAGAACUCUCACAUCUGGGGCCAUGUAACAACAUAAGCGCACAUAGAGAAAAUUGCCCUGUCGAUUGCAAACAAGCUCCUUUGGAUGGACCUAUUUGCGGUAGUGAUGGAAACGUUUAUAAGAGCACUUGUCAGAUGAAGAUUUUAACUUGUGGGCAAGGCGUUGUAAGAACUAAUAAGAAGUAUUGUCAGACAACCCGUCACUGUCGAGAAUCCUGUUGGAGAAAUGCUAAACCCGCUUGCGGAUCUGACGGAAAAAUAUACGCCAACGUCUGCAGAAUGAAAUCCAAAAAUUGUGGAAAACAUGUAUUUGAAGUACCUAUGGCGUAUUGCGCAAGUCAAGAAAGAACUGCCCAUAGCAUUGCUUGUCCCACUGGAUGUAAGAAUGAAAUAGAAAAACCAACUUGUGGCUCUGAUGGUUAUGUUUACAGAAGCGAAUGUGAACUAAAAUUACUUAACUGUGGGAAUAAUAGGAAAGUCGUAAAAGUUGACUACGAAAAAUGCCGAGCAAAAAUAUCCAAAUGCAUCAAAAUUAAAUGUUCGAAUGAUGUUGAUCCAGUCUGCGGUACCGAUGCAAGGACGUACACGAAUCAAUGUCAACUAAAUUUGGCAACGUGUUUGAAAGGAGUUCAGUUUGCGCACAUAGGAAAUUGUACCAAACUCAAAGAAGAGGAACCAUGCCCAAUGAGUUGUAGUGAAGAAGUUGAUGAAGAACCCAUUUGUGGAUCUGAUGGAAAUGUAUAUAGAUCACUUUGUCAUCUAAAAAAAGAAGCUUGUGGGCAGUUAGUAAUCCAAGUGCCAUCACAUCAUUGCCGGACUACAGCAGCUUGUAAUGAACAAUGUGGCGAUGAUAAAAAUUUCGUUUGUGGAUCAGAUAAUAAACUCUAUAAAAACGAAUGUGAAAUGAGACGAAACAAUUGCGGGAAACACAUAUACGUAGUCCCCAUGAAACGGUGUAUCGCCGGAUUCCAAUUCAAAGGAUGCCAAAAGAUUUGCCCAACAUACUAUGACCCCGUAUGCGGUACAGACAAUAUGACAUACAGCAACACGUGUUUCUUGGAUAUUGAAAACUGUCGAUCAAGGUCUCUGGUAACUAUGAAGAACAUGGGAACUUGUGCCGAACCUUUAAACGAAAUACCUAAAAAUUAUCUGUAUUAAUACUAUGCAUAUGCGAAAAAUGAAUAAGUUGUAUUCACUAUUUUUUGUGAAAUUAAAAAAUGACGAUGUUAUUUUUUUAAUGUUAUAAAAGCAAUUUCGAAUAACGAAGUGAACUAAGUUUAUCUUCUUUAUAUUUUGUGUUAUGUGACUACUUGUUUGUGCAUCUAAAAAAAAAUGUUCAAUAAUUAUUACAUACACAUGACAUUAACUAUUGGUUAGAAACAUUGACAAUGUAUAAUUUCAGAAAGCUCUGUCCAAUACUAGAUGACAUUUAUUGUAAUAUUAUUGUCAAAACAUUACGGAAUUUUAUCUAAUGAAACUUUAUAUAUUUCAAUGACGGCUAAAUGCACCAAACAAUUACACACAGGCACAGUAGAGAGGCUUUAUGAGAACAUCAAUAUUUAUGUUGGUUCUUUAUUUCUUUUGCGUAUCUGCUAAUAUCAUUAAAAAUAAUGAAUAUUAAGAUAAACCACUACAAUUUAUUUAUUUUAAUUAGUAUUUUGUUUUUAGCAGUAAAUAAAUC